AUGACGGCAACCACGACCACACCAGCUAUGGUUACAUCAUCUGCAGGCCACAUCAGAUAUGACCACAUUAGCUACGACCACAUCAGAUAUGACCACAGUAGCUACGACCACAUCAGAAAUGACCACAGUAGCUACGACCACAUCAGAUAUGACCACAGUAGCUACGACCACAUCAGGUAUGACCACAGUAGCUACGACCACAUCAGAUAUGACCACAGUAGUUACGAUCACAUCAGAUAUGACCACAGUAGCUACGACCACAUCAGAUAUGACCACAGUAGCUACGACCACAUCAGAUAUGACCACAGUAGCUACGACCACAUCAGGUAUGACCACAGUAGCUACGACCACAUCAGAUAUGACCACAGUAGCUACGACCACAUAACCUAA